GCGGACGGUGAUGGCGGGCGGGCGGCGCGCAGCGGCUUGGGCGGCGGGGCUGGCGCUGUGCGCGGCGGCGGUGGCGCUGCCCGCGGCCCUGCUGCUCCGCGCCUACGCCCUGCGAGCCCCGGGCAUCCCGCGGCUGUGGGCACGGAGCGGGGGCACCGCGGGGUUCAACGCCGCCGAGAGGAGGGAGCUGCGGGAGGCGCUGCGAGGUGCUAUUAAAAUCCCAACUAUUUCUAUAUCUCCAGAGGACUUGAAUACAACUGCCAUGGCAGAAUUUGGGAAUUACAUUCAGGAAGUCUUCCCGGCUGUAUUUUCUUCAAAGUUCAUUCAGCAUGAAAUUGUUGGGAAAUACAGCCACCUCUUUACUGUUCAGGGUUCUGACCCUGAAAUGAUGCCCUAUAUGCUGCUUGCACACAUGGAUGUUGUGCCUGCUCCCCCAGAGGGCUGGGAUUUCCCUCCUUUCUCAGCUGCAGAGCAUGAAGGUUUCAUCUAUGGACGAGGAACGCUGGAUAACAAAAACUCUGCCAUAGGCAUUCUGCAAGCUCUAGAAUUUUUGCUGAGAAGAAAUUACAGACCCCGGAGAUCUUUCUAUGUUGGCAUUGGACACGACGAAGAGGUGUCUGGUCAGAAGGGAGCAAUGAGGAUUGCAGCUCUCUUGGAAGCUAGAGGAGUAAAACUCUCCUUCUUACUCGACGAGGGAAGCGCGAUACUAGAUGGCAUCAUUGCGGGAGUGAAUAAGCCAGUAGCUGUAAUCGCUAUCACAGAAAAGGGUUCAAUGACACUGAAUUUCACUGUGGAGAAAGAGCCGGGACAUUCAUCCUUUCCUCCUAAGGAGACGAGUAUUGGCAUUCUUGCAGCAGCAAUGUCCAGACUGGAGCAGAAUCCCUUGCGCAAUCUGUUUGGCUCUGGGCCAGAACUCAUGACGAUGGAGCACCUUGCAUCAGAGUUCAGUUUUCCUCUCAACCUUGUCAUGAGCAAUCUGUGGCUGUUCUCACCCAUCGUCAGCAGAGUUCUUGCCUGGAAACCUUCCACCAAUGCCUUGAUUCGAACUACUACAGCAGUCACAAUGUUUAACGCAGGAAUCAAGGUAAAUGUUGUCCCAUCUUUUGCAAAAGCAACUGUGAACUUCCGGAUCCACUCUGCAGAGACGGCUGCUGAGGUGCUAGAGAUGGUUAGAAACACAAUUGCUGAUGACAGAGUGAAGAUUGAUGUUGUAGAGGCCUUUGAUCCGCUCCCUGUCAGUCCCUGGGAUGACCAGAUAUUUGGAGUCCACAUUUUUCAAAGAACCAUUCUGGAUACUUUCCCAAAUGUUGACAGCGUAGUUCCAGGCACAUGCAUUGGAAACACAGACAGCAGGCAUUUCACUAACGUCACAAAUGCCAUUUAUCGAUUUAACCCACUGCUCUUGAAAUCAGAUGAUCUUCCCAGGAUCCAUGGGUUGAAUGAGAGAAUCUCAGUUGAGAAUUACGAGAAACAGGUCGAGUUCCUCUUUCAGCUGAUUAAGAACUGUGAUAUAGACAAGCUUCCGGACCCCCAUGCGAACUCCCACGAGCUGUGAGAAGCACACUGGAGAAGAGCUGCUGCUGAGGUGGACUCUGGGCUGUAAGAUGCAGUUCUGUGUUGUGUGUUGAGCCAUAUUUGGAAGUCAGUUUUUGCGUGUUGUGGUUUACAUACAGAUGGAAAAACUGCUGGGUGCUGCUUAGGCAGAUGUACAGUAUAUAAGAGCCUGGACAAAACACAACUCAUAACCCUGACUUCUGUUCCUGCCUGGUUUAACACACAGCCAUUGCUCUGAUGGUAGUAAUUUUUUUCAGGGCUUUCUUUAAGCCUCUGACAUUGGUAAUCACUUGAAAAUCUAAGCUGUAAUCAGCACUCACUCACUAGUAAAAGAGGGGAAUCUUACUAGGUGUGCUUUUGACAAACUCCUUUUAUACCAGUAGUUGAUUUUUCACAAACAAUGUUGAAAGCUCAUGUGAAAGGUUUGUGAUAUGGUGUAGGUUUUGUGUGAUUGGCAGAGGUACACUAAGAAGUUGAACUGCUGCUGGUACGGGCUUCUUCCUCGAGCAGUGAUCGCAACCAGUGCCAGUUUAACUCAGUACUGCUAAGCUCUCCCAUGCAUGCACCGAUCUCUGACUCCGUUUUAAAACACCAAGCUGCUGAAGUUCCAGCCGUGCUGCUUUAACUGAUGUUGCCUCCAUCUCAGAGGUGCUGAAAAUGUUUCUUCCUGUCUCUUCAGUGACUUUUUUUCUCUUCUCUUCUCUUCUCUUCUCUUCUCUUCUCUUCUCUUCUCUUCUCUUCUCUUCUCUCACUCUUAGGUGUGGCCCGGGGGGGUGUGCUGUGCAGCUGGGUGUCAGAAUAGGAAUUGCAGUGUUAAAUAAGAAGCCAAAUCAGUGUUGUCUGCUCAUGUAUGUUCUCUUUUCACUGAAUCAGUUUCUAUCAUGGAUGUUUCUCUGUUGCUCCUCUGAGAGCUUAUCUGUGACAGACAGUGAAGCCCUCCAGUUUCUUCCAGUUCCGUGGAAUGGAGUCUUUGUUCCUCACUGCCUAUGCCAGCAGUUUUCACUUCCCCGCAGCACUGCUGCUGGCUCAGCUCUGUGGGAAUCCUCGUGUGGACAAGCCAUCAACACUGACCCUAUUUCCUCUUGAACUUCUUGCACUGACUUGCUGUCUUUGUUUGCACUCAAGGGUUAAACAUUCUUUGGCCUUGAUAUGUCUUUAAUUGAGGUUACUGCUAUUAAAUAAAGAGUUAAGAGCCAGAUGUUGGCCAAAGUAAGGGCUGAGUGAUGACUGUUUUGCUGUACUGACUUGCAGACUCUGCUGCAGGCACCAGUGCAGCUCCUCCUAUUGCACUGUUGCAGAGUUGUGUCCUCUUUCAGUCUCUGAAUUAUACACUGGAAUGGGUGGUUGUUUUGCUCUAAAUUCAUAUUUUGAAAUGUAUGGGAAUGUACAGGAAAUACCCUAAAAACCAGCGGUGGAAUUGAGAUUCCUGUUCUUUCCAUUCGCCAUUCUCGAUUUAUUUGCAGUCUGAUUUUAUCGGUAUGGCCGAUGGGCUAAACCUGUAUCAAUCAACUAAAUAAUUGAAACCAGAUCAGCAUUUUCAUCUAAUAAAACAAGAAAUGCAGAUUAUUUUCUGAUAAUUAUUGAGUUAUUUUACGUAACUGUAUAAUUGCAGUGAGGUCAUUUCCACACUUGAUUCUUCAUUAAAGCAAGUCGUAAAGUUUCCAUCAAAACAAAUCCACAUAUUUUCCAGCCAGCUUUAAUCUUUGCCCCCUCCCUGGUGCUUCCCUUUUUAUACAGAAUUAGCUAACUCUGAUUAUGCAUUAUUGGGUAGUAAAUAGCUUGCAUCUUUUAUGGUUUGUUGCAUUUUGUCUGCGCGCCAUAAUGUCAUUCAUUUGUUGAGCCACAUGUCUAUGGCUCUUUUGUGAAGGUGUCGUUCCCCUUGCAAAAACCCAUUGCAGACACAGCAGAAGCGAUGUGUCAGGGUACAGCAUGGAAUAAAAUACAUCCCCUGGAGUGAGAGGUGGAGAAGAGUUUUGGGGGUUUCCUCUCUGAGAAGUCUCUAUAAAAAAAACCAAACUUGAGUUCAAACCCUUCAUUUUGACAGGCUGAGAGAGUUGAGGGUUGGUCAGCCCGGAGAAGAGACCUUAGAGCAGCUUCCAGGACUGAAUGGGGCUCCAGGAAAGCUGGCAAGGGGCUCUUGAUCAGGAAGUGCAGGGAUCAGACGAGGGGCCAAACAGCAUGAGGAAGGCACGCUUGGCUUUGGCAGGUACUGUGCCAAUGUCUGCCAUGAGGUUUUGCUAAUGCAGCUUUGGUGCAGCACCUCAUUAAGUGCUGAAAUCAUCUGGUGCCUCUGCAUUGACUUGAGCUUUACUGCAACCUGAACCUGCUAAACUGAAGUGCUUUAAACAGUAUCUUGUAGGAUCUGAUGGUGAAAAAGCACAUUCCCCACCUCUAUCCUUUUUUUUUUUCACAGUCACUUCUGAUCAUUGCCUCUGCUUUUUUCCAUGUAGCAGCUUUGCCUUUCAAUUCUCAAGUCUCCUUUUAUUGUAUUUGCUGCCCUAUCAUGCACGAUUCUGAAGAGUUUCUCAGCGAUUUGGUUUAUGCACACUUCUCCUGACAGAACAGCUUGGUUUCCACCCUGUUUUACUGCUCCCAUGAUAAUGUGUUCAGUGAAUGUCUCUCAUCUUGAGUGGUGUUUGAAAUCUUGGUGUCAUCAUGUAAAUAAUAGUGUAAGGAUGAUGCGCUGGCCUUUUCUGCUAAGACUGUGUGCAACCUGGCGUCAUAUGAGUAGCUGAGAAUGCCAAGUACAUCAGGAAAACACGGAUUAAUAGCUCUGUGAGCUAUUCUUUUUUAUUGUUAUUGUAAUGAGUCACUGUUUUGAGCAUGUACAGCAAUUACCUCUGAUUCAACAGAGAAGGAAAAGCCUGAUUCCCUGCUCUGAAGACACAUAACUUCGUGUCAUACCUAGUGAGGCUUUGAAUGCUGUUUGCAUUAAUCCAGUUUCAGUAUGUUAAUGUGUUUUUGUGUUAUAUAUCCAUUAGCAAAUUCCCUUUUUCCCCUUCUUUG